AUGAGCUUUGAACUUUCGUUUAUUGGCGCUUCUGGCGGCCCGCUAGAAUCGGGAACUUGUGCCCUCAUCAUAAAACCCGCAGAGAUCUCCUAUAGUGAUAUCAUCUCAUCGCAAGAGCCCCAGCUACUUGUGAUUGACGCCGGAGCAGGCAUUUUUGCGCUCUCCCAGAUCAUAGCGGACCCAGACGCUGUUCCGCUCCGCACACUUUCGCUUUAUAAAGAUUCUCUUCCGCGAGAACAGUACACUUCUGUUCCCCAGACCGACCCGUUUGCUGGUUUGGCAAAAGAGUUUGAAGCUACAUCUUCUUGUUCAGGCGCAUACGCGGCGCUGCAAGCUGUCAUUGGCCAGGUCCACAGUGUGCUUGUAACACAUCCACAUUUGGAUCAUAUUGCCGCCCUUGUGCUUAACCUGCCCGGUCUCCAGCGACAAGGAAGAGCUCCUUUGACCGUUUGCGGCUCGCAGUUCACCAUAGACGGGCUCCGAAAUCAUGUGUUCAACGACAGUGUGUGGCCAGACUUGAUCCUGCCAGGCUUACUUGAACUUCGAAAGGUGAAGCCAACAUUGCCCUUUUCGACGCCGAAAGAAAUUUUCACGGUGACGAUGUUUGAAAUCAGCCAUGGCCGCGGUGCCUGUGGCGCUCCAUAUCCGUCGCUGGCGUACUUGUUGCAUCAUAAUAGCUCUGGAGCUGAGAUUGCUGUGUUUGGCGAUUUCGAGUGUGAUCUGGUACUGGGAACCGCUCAAAACAGUGCCAUUUGGCAUGCCGUGGCGCCGCUGGUCGACGCGGGCACGCUUAAGGCUCUUGUGGUGGAAUGUCUGACGCCAACACUCCCGCCAGGAACAGAGUUGUACGGCCAUUUGACACCACCGCACCUCGCUUCAGAAUUAGAAGCCCUUGCGGCACUUUGCCCACACCGACAUGAUCUAGCCAAUCUAAAUGUAAUUGUGAGCCAUGUGAAAGACCUGCCUUGGGGCACAGAUCCUCGUCGCCAGAUUUUGGACGAGCUCCGACAAUUGUGUGACGAAAAAGGGUUAGCCGUGCAUAUUUCCGUGGCUUUGAGCGGGAUGCUGAUGGUAGUAUAG